AUGGGAAAUAACUUAUCACAACAUGCAAGGGACAGGAUAUACCUAUGCAAGAAGGAUGGUGAGCGUGAACUGAACCUCAGCUCAUGUGACCUUAAAGAGUUACCAAAGCGAAUUCUAAAGUUCCGCAAGACACUGACACAGCUAAACGUUGGAAAGAACUUCUUGACAGAGUUCCACAACAGUAUCGAGAAGUUCCAGCUGCUCGAGGGUCUGGUCGCUGAUUCGAAUGAACUGAACGACGUAUCAGCAUCUCUUUCGUCAUUGGCGCACCUCACACACUUGGACCUCUCAAACAACCUGUUGACCAAUGUGCCCAACAACAUGAGUCACCUCACAUACCUCAACAUAUCGAUCAACUCGAUCCAGUCCUUCCCCAACGCCCUCUCACUGCCCAUGCUGCAGGAGCUUCUCUACGCCCACAACAAGGUCUCCAUUUUCCCGACACCCAUCCUCGAGCUCCGCCAUCUGCGCACACUUGACCUCAGUGGCAACCGUCUGAACUACCUGCCCGACGAGAUAUCACAUCUGUCGGCCACGCUGCACACCCUGGACCUCUCUGAGAACAACUUCACAUCGUUCCCGCCACCCAUAUCAACGUUGUCCAACCUUCGAACGCUGCGCAUCGGCAGCAACAACAUGGGUACACUGACACCAGUGUUCACCACGUUGACACAUCUCGAGACACUUGACUUUAGCGGAUGCAGUCUGACCUCGUUCGACUUUGACCUCUCCAAGCUAAUGAGCUUGACAGAGUUGUCUCUGGCUCACAACCGUAUACCAGAAUUCAGCGUUCAGACUGCGCUCUCAUUGGGCACUCUCAAGAAGAUGAAACAGUUGGAUCUGUCAGCGGCCGGCUUCAACUCGAUUCCCAAGCAGAUUGGCUGGCUCACUGGCCUGCGUCGUAUCAACCUGACCCAGAACAACCUGACCAAGGUACCUGGCGAGCUCAGUCUACUGAACCCAUCGAUCGACAUCCUCUUGGUGCCCAACCCGUUGGAGUACCCAUACGCAGAGUGGAUCAAGGAGGGCAUACCCAUCUUCUUGCAGAACAUCAGACCCUACAUGAAGGCCUACGCACCCAACUGCUCAGUCAGUGAUCUGCAGACACAGUUGAAGGUCAACACACCCAACCAGUUUACGAUCACAGCAGUUGACUAUGCCGGUCAGGCCAGGAUCAGUGGAGGAGAUGUAUUUGAGGUCAAGAUGAUGCUGGACGGACAGGGUGCAUCGCAGGCUGGUGAGACACCCGCCGGAGCGUCCUUCUUGAAACAGAUCGAUUGCAUCGUCAAGGACAACUUCAAGGCUCAGAAAGCAAGCCACCUACACUGUAUUCUUUAA